AUGGCGGCUUCUUUAGGAGAGUCAUAUGAACGUUUCUCUGUUCGUCUGCCACAUUCCGAUAGUAAGAAAUCGCAAUACCUGGAUGAGUAUAUGGAAGUUGGAAAAAAGACCCCAAACAGGAGAACUUACGCGGUUUAUCUUUUCAAAAGAAGAAGAGUUUGGUCUAGAAAUCACCCUGAAUGCGGCUUCAACCAUGGAUAUUAUGAUGGUGUUAUGGUAAAGCUGUCAGAUGUCAAUUCCGGGGAUCUAAUUUGGCAGAAGAAAUACCCAAAGUCCAAUGCGAAGGAGCCGAGUCAGCAAGAUCAGAAAAUUUUGAUUGAUUCUAUUGACCACGCAAUAAUUGACGGAAAAUUGAGGUCUAAAGUUCUCAUGAAAUUAGCACCACUAGUACCAGGUAUGUGCCAUAUCCUCGAAUAUGCAAUUGCUGGUCUAAAACGAAUAGAAAAUGAUUUUCAUCAAGUCUGGAGUUAA